CUAUCUUUUCCUGCCCCCCUCUUUCUCCACCUCUCUCUUUCUCUUUCCUCCCUCCUCUCUCUCUCUCUCUCAUCGGCGCUUUCUCUCUCCCCAUCACACCCACAAGGGAAGUGAAAGAACCCUAGAGGCAGCAGUCCUCUUCAAGCGGAUAUUUAGGGAUUUGGCGAUUGGAGGACAAUGGUGGAGAUGGGCUGACCGGGGCUGCAGAAAGAUUCAAUUUUUUCCGGCCAAUUUCGGUUCCUGGAAUUGGAUUGGAUCGCUGGUGCCGCCGAUAUGGACGACGACGGCAGCCUCGGCAUCCGGAAUUGGGGCUUCUACGAGACGGUGAAAGGCAACCUCGGCCUGCAGCUCAUGUCGUCCGUGCCCCCUGACCGGGACACUAAGCCGCUGCUUCCCAACGGCGGCAACUUCUUGCAGCACCAUGGGCAUCACAAUGCCCAGCACCAGCACCAGCAUCAGCAGCAUCCACAACACUCGCACCAUCCCCGUGGUGGUGGUGGUGGCGGUGGUGGUAGCAGCGGUGCCCCUGGCGGCAUGCCCACUGAGCCGCCUGCUGUUCACAUGGACUUCGUGCGCAAUGAAGCUUGGCUGCACCCCUCACAGCACCACCAUCAGCACCAGCAUUCUCGUCAACAGAAGGUCCUCCAUCACCUUCCUGUCGGACCAGUUGGACAUGUUGGUCAUCCUGGACAUGGUGGACAUGCUGUGCAUCACCACCCUUCGGGCUAUGGUAUGAUGGCGGAUGCACAUGGUGUGCACACUCUGCACAUGAUGCAACCACAGCCACAGCCACAGCCGCCUCAACAGCCACAGGAUCCUCCUCCAACCAAGGAGGAGAGCAUGCCGCAGCCACCAAUUGAGGACCACCCGGUUCUAAAGAACGAGCCACCUGUGAAGAAGAGGCAGCAGGGUCGGCAACCUAAGUCACCAAAACCAAAGAAGCCAAAGAAAGUCGCUGCUCCACAGGAGAAUGGGGCACCCAAUAAGCCUGCGCCCCGACCGAGGGGGCCAAGGAAGACCGUGGGAAUGGUGAUUAACGGCAUUGAUUUGGACCUUUCAAGGAUACCGACACCUGUAUGCUCAUGCACUGGAGCACCCCAGCAAUGCUACCGGUGGGGUGCAGGUGGCUGGCAGUCUGCAUGCUGCACAACUUCUAUUUCAACAUAUCCGCUGCCAAUGAGCACGAAGCGCCGAGGUGCACGAAUUGCUGGAAGGAAGAUGAGCCAGGGUGCAUUCAAAAAGGUGCUCGAGAAGCUAGCUGGUGAGGGGUACAACCUUUCUAAUCCAAUUGACUUGAAGACCUUUUGGGCCAAGCAUGGGACAAACAAGUUUGUAGUAAUCAGGUAAAUGGCAUGCUAUGUUUGUCGCCUUGUAGGUUCCAGUGCUGCAGCUUGCCCUGAUUUAUUGUCUGUAUGUACUCUAUGUGCCAAUCUGCAGAAGUUUUUAGGUGUAGCUUUGUAGCUAUGUUCAGUUUCGUGGACUUAAUUUACAUGCCCAUCUCAGAGCUUUAGACACCGACUUUAUGGAAGCCGGUUUGUAUCAGUUCACAAAUUGUAGCAUAACGACAACAGUCUCUAAUUUAGAUGUCAUGAAAUUUGGUGCUUCCA